CCGUGAAGGGGUUUUAGCAACCCACUCCCACUUCGGAUGAUUUGCGGCUAUCGCUUGGAUUGUCGCUAAUCUCCACAAGGCGAUUCGGGGCUUGCAUCGCUGUAGGGUGUUGUUUUCAGAAGGAGCUGGGAAGGAGUUGCACGAAAUUUUUUUCUAUUGGCAGGAUGGCUUCCUUUGCGGUAAUGCAGACAAGCUCAUUGUCUCAAGUAUUGAGCUAUUCGAAGAUGGCGACGAGAAGUAUAGCUUUUUCCUCUUCUGCUUCUUCUGCUUCUUCUUCUUCAUCAACGCAUCUUACACCGCUGGGAUGUGGAUUUGCAAUCUGUAAUUCGGGUUUACCGGCAGGCGCGAGGGGAAUGACUUUGAGUCACAAUAAGCAAGUAUUUGCACCCUUAGGGUCCAUGUCUUCUUGCUUUCUAGAGGGUGAGAGUGGUAGGAUUUGGGGGAGUUCGACAGUCAGCGAGAUCACGUUGAGGCGGAGACGAUGCAAUGUUACUCCCAGGGCAGCCACCGAAGAUGUGCCAUCGUUCAAAGGAUUCGCACCUAUGCAAGAGAAGCCCAAAUUCUGGUGGCGUAUCUUGGCGUGUGUGCCAUACCUAAUGCCUUUAAGCGAGACGUGGAUGUACGCGGAGACUGCUUACAGUUUGCACUCCUUCAUAGAAGAUUAUGAGUUUUGCACAUAUCCGUUUCUUAUCCUCAUUGGUUCCUUACCCAGCUGGUUCUUGCUGGCGUAUUUUUUUGGCGCUUAUUUAGGCAUUGUCCGCAACAACCGAUGGCCUCAUUUCUUGCGGUUUCAUGUGGUGACGGGGAUGCUUCUCGAGAUUAUAGUGCAAGUGAUUGGUACCGUGAAUGAUUGGGUGCCCCAGGCGGUGUACUGGGGCAAAUUUGGAGCGCACUACUGGCUGGCUGUUACAUUUGCGUUCUUGUUUAUUGUGCUGGAUUGCAUUAGGUGUGCUUUGAACGGCAUGUACGCUGAUGUGCCUUUCUUAUCCGAUGCAUCCUACAUGCAGAUUCCUUACGAAUACAGGCUAAAAUAUUGUCUACUUCGCUCUGGUAAUAGAGACAGGCAGAGAUUGCCGAAGGGACUUGGUAUCACUAAACGUGGGUCGAACACUGCAAUUCGAAUCACGAUGGCUGCGAGCAAGGGCAGCACAUUGGCUUCAAUUUCCGCGAGAUGGUUGGCUUCUCAAGGGCGCAAGCUUUCGACAACGGCGACAGGUCUGAAGAAGGAAGGAGCUGCUGUGGUGCAAGAAGGGCAGAAAUUCGAAAUGGAGCGCCGGUUCACCACGGAAGACGUUGCAUCGUAUGUUUCACUAUGUGGGGACACCAAUCCCAUACACACAUGCGAUUCGGCUGCUCAAUCUGCAGGGUUUCAGGGGCGAGUCGUGCAGGGCAUGCUUUACGCUGGCCUUUUCCCUGCCGUCAUUGGUUCCAACUUCGACGGAGCCGUCUAUGUCUCCCAGACACUUAAUUUCCGAACUCCUGUCCUUGUCGGUGACGAUCUCUGUGCGGAAGUGGAGGUCAUCGCUGUCAAGAAGCUUAGACACCACUAUAGGGUUACGUUCGCUACUCAUUGUUUCAAGAAGGGAGACCCUGCAGUUGUGGUAGGCGGUGAAGCUGUGGCUUUACUUCCCGUGUAGGUAACGUAGCACACAGCAUCGACAUCCGAACAAUUGCUGCGAUGGAUUUCAAAAGACUUUCUGGGAGCCAUCCAAAGCGGACUUUCAGGCCGUUGUUGUAACUGGAAGGACAUACCACGUUAGUAUUUUUGCAAUUGAGGGUUUUUCUGUCACAACCGUCUGUCUUAUCAAAAAUAUGACCAGUGAGUUCACAAAUUGCGUGGUCUAUUUUGUUUCAUACAGUACCGGAUAUUGGUCAUAAACGCUAAUGAAGGUCGUGAGUUACUUUC